UUCCUCACACGGGAGAUGCUCCACUCCCUUCAGCAUCUUGGUGGCUGCGCUGGACUCUCUGCAGCAGUUCCCUGUCCUGCUGGAACUGAGGGGCCACAACUGGACAUAGUGCUGGCUCAUGGUCACCCUGCUGUCCCCAGGACCCCCAGGUCCCUUUCCCCUACACUGCUCUCUAAUAGAUCAUUCCCCAAUUUACACUGGAACCUGGGGUUGUUCCUGCCCAGAUUCAAGACUCUGCUCUUGCCUUUGUUAUAUUUCAUUAAAUUUUUCCCCGCCCAGCUCUCCAGUCUGUCCAGGUCUCUGGAUGGCAGCACAGCUUCCAGUGUCACCACUCCUCCCAGUUCGGUGUCACCAGCAAACUUGCCGACCGUGCACACGCUAAUCGACGUGUCGGUGGAUCGGCUCGCUGAGCCUGGGGAUGGGCGGGCUGUGCGGCCGUGCGCGGGUGAGCUGGGGGCCGCGGCCAUUUUGCAGGAAGAGGGGCAGCCGGGCCUCUCGGCGGGACGGAGCCCACCGCCUGCCAUGGCCAAUGUGCUCUGUAACAGAGCAAGAUUGGUCACCUACCUACCAGGUUUUUAUUCUUUAGUCAAGAGAGUUGUAAAUCCCAAGGCUUUUUCUACAGCAGGUUCCUCUGGCUCAGACGAGUCUCAUGUUGCUGCUACACCUCCUGAUUUAUGUCCAAGAACUGUAUGGCCAGAUGAAGUAAUGGGUCCAUUUGGUCCUCAGGACCAGAGAUUCCAGUUGCCUGGUAAUAUUGGUUUUGACUGUCACCUCAAUGGCACUGCUGCUCAGAAGAACAGCCAAGUGUCAGAAAGUCUGCCUGAUCUAUUAGCAGAGCCUUCAGCAAGUGAAAGGCAUGAAUUUGUCAUGGCACAAUACAUAAAUGAAUUUCAGGGUGCUGAUGUUCCACAGAAACAGCAAAUAAAUAAUGCUGAAACUUACUUUGAAAAUGCAAAGGUAGAAUGUUCAGUACAAGCUUGUCCUGAGCUGUUACGGAAAGACUUCGAGUCAAUGUUUCCAGAAGUCAGUGCCAACCGUUUGACGGUAUUAACUGUCACCCAGAAGACUAAAAAUGAUAUGACUGUGUGGAGUCAAGAAGUGGAGGAUGAGAGAGAAAUGCUGUUAGAAAAUUUCAUCAAUGGUGCCAAGGAGAUUUGCUAUGCGAUUUGUUCUGAAGGCUAUUGGGCCGACUUCAUCGAUCCAUCCUCAGGACUGGCAUUUUUUGGACCUUACACAAACAACACUCUGUUUGAAACAGAUGAACGCUACCGCCACUUGGGAUUUUCCAUUGAUGAUCUUGGCUGCUGCAAAGUUAUUCGUCAUAACAUCUGGGGUACUCAUGUGGUUGUAGGAAGUAUUUUCACUAAUGCUGAACCUGACAGCCCUAUCAUGAGGAAGCUAAGUGGAAACUAGCAGUCAUCAGGGUUUCGCAAGUUCUUACGGCCUUUGCAAUUCUUUUACUUGAUGAUUGUCUCUAAGCAUUGUCAGGAAAUGGUCCACUUUAAGGUAAUCUAAGGUAAUAAAGUAGCUAUUAUUUAUUUUAGUCUUUGUGAAUGUGUUCACCACAUGUGACUUUGAAUAUUGACAGCGUUCAAACAGGUACCUUUAUGUGCCAUAUGAAUUUUAAGCUGUGAGUUUCAUCUUGAAUGAGUUUAAACAUACAUGUACACAGCUAUCUGCAUAUCCUUUUUUAAUAUGGCCUUACAAGCCACGCUUUUUAACCAUUUUAUCUUUCUGUGUCUAACAUAUCUGUGCUCUUAGUAUUAAAAAUGCAGAUGCCACUGAAGUUUCUCAGAAUUUUGCCACUUGCUGGAAUAAGUAGGUGGCAAAAAAAGGGGAAUAAGUAGCAAAAUUGUUCUCCCAGAAUAUAGAACUUAAUAAAAACUGCAGAAGUUAAUGCUGGACUAAUCAUUAAUUUGCUGUCCUAAAGUGAGAAUAAUGAGAUGAGCUCUCAGCCGUCUCUAACUACAAGUAGGGAAGUGUUCACUUGACUCUUACAUCCAGAGACUCAUUAAAUAAGUAAGUCUUAAAUUACUCUAGAAUCAGUCAUCUCUUAAGGUUUUUUGUCUUCAUGUCACUUGAGGUUUUAUUUUCUCAGUGUUAGCUAAAUAUAUUUAAUUAGUUUAUAUAUGUAAAUGUAAUUUAAAGUGGAUUUUGUAACUUUCUUAGAUCAUUAAAUACAUUGUGGAAAAAAAAUAAUAGGGCAAUGCUUGGAUAUCAUCAUUGUUUUUCUGUACUUGGAUGCAAUUUAGACUUGUCUCUGUGGAAUUUUGAAAUGCCUACGCAAAGAGCAAUUAUGAUCAAUUAUUGCAAUUAUGAUCAAUUAUAAAAAUAUUUCAACAGGGAGGUUUCAGUAAACUAGUCGGUCUCGUCAGGUAUCGUAAAAACAAUCAGGUCAAUUGAAGUUACUGGAGGAAGAAUAGUGGAGCAAAUUCAAGGCACCUGGAAAUACCAAAGCCUCACUACAGAGACUAAGUAAUAAACUUGAUUUUAAUCUAAUCGCAGUCAGUUAUUGGAGCCAUUUGUUGAUGCACCACUGCAGUAGCUGUGCCAGUUCAUGCAACAACAGGAAUCGUUCAGUCUUGACUCUUGUCUAAAUGCAGUGCAGCUUUUGUCUGGGUCAUGGCUGCACAGGAUGUUGUUCUGCCAGCUUUAGCUUCCUGUCACACAGCUGGGGAUUUUAAUCCUUGCCCCUUUUUCCACUGUUAACUAUUAUGGGUUUAAAACUUGUUCUAGGUUUUGUAGAUGACUUCUGUUCCUUACUCAGGGUCUAAGCCAGUUCUCACCAAAGUCUUUUUAUUGAUUUUAAGAGGCUUAGAACUUUACUAAGUGCCUCAAAUCUGUUCUUGUUAACAAUUGCUGCAUGCCCAUAACUUUGCUGGAUCACGGAGGUGGAAGUGAGGAAGACUUUCCAGAGAAGUGAGUGCUGUCUGUGCUAAACUCACCCUAAGCCAGCAAUUUGGAUGUUAUCUUGCUCACCUACCAUCACCCUCAUCCCUGUGAGCUCCAGCCUGCGCACAUUCCGGGGCUGAAGUUGAAGUUAAGUGUGUGGCUGCUGAUUUGUUCAUCGUUCUGUCGUGGAAUUCGUGCUGUAUUUCCAGAGCCCAAGUUCGUGACCUCCACUCUACUGUCCAAGAAAGCUGUAUUACUUCAAAGUCUUUUUCUUUCUCAUCAAGAGGAUUAAAAAAACUUGAGAAGCUGCAGUGUGUCUCAUCUCUUUGCAAAAUACAAUUAUUUUGCAGAACACAAAUUAGCUCAUUUCAUAAAAGAGGGUUAGUGUCUCACUGGACAGUAGGUUACACUUAUGGAGAACUUUGGGGAAAUAAAUUCUAUGAAAUGGUUUGCAUGUAUUUUAACUGUCUUGAAGACUCCUCAUGCUGUCUUUUCUUCAUGUGACUUUGCUGUACUUGACCUUAUGGUGUUUUGGAAAGACUGGGAGCUGUCAGGCAGCUAUUCAAAUUAAGCUGAAGAUGCAAAUUUUUGAGUUCGUGUUCUUUGAGAUUUUGUCCUGUAAAGGACUCUUGCAGUGGCUUUUCAAAUGACUUCAACCUGAGGCAAAAAUCUCACCAAAAAUAGUGGAGCUUUGCAUUGACUUCACUAAUACUAAUGUUUCAUGCCACAGUUUGGGGGGAUGUAUGAUUUCCUGAUGGUUUUUUCUAAAUAAAAUGUUGUCAUACAGACUGAUUCUCAAAA